CGCUGUCUCAGGCGCUGCCGUGGGCGCACUUAUCACGUCCUGCUAUGCCCUGAGCCGAGCGCCGGGUGCCUGGUGCGAUGCUGAUGGGGUGUGCAGGACCCUCGGGGCCUUUCCCGGCAGGAGGACUGGGCAGUCGAAACAUCGCCCUUGGCUGUGUCUCAAUGCCUGGCUGAAGGGAAGGGAAUUGCCCUCCCUGGACGUGUCCGAGCCAGGCUCAGCCCCACACCACCCAGGAGGGCAGCAAGGGCUCAUGGAGGGUGAGUGCGGGUGGCAGAGACGCGUGUUGGGACCUUUUUGGUCGUUCACCCCCACCCCGCACCACCGGUUCCUCCGUGACUCACAUCCUUUGCCGUCACCGCCACUCUCAUCCCCUGCCCCAGCAGGGUGACCACCAGCCCGAGCCAGGGCUGACUCCAGCACAUCCCUCGUGGGGCUGGGGCCACACCAGCUCCGUCCCCGCUGGCCCCCCACCUCUCCUCAAUGCCUGUGAAGGUGGCUGUGGUGAGCCCAGGCCCGCGGGCUGUCCCUCGGGGGGACGGGGACACUGCGGCACCAGCGGGCCCUGCGUCAGCACCCACCGCCACGGGCUUCAAAAACCCGGUGGCGGGGCUGCCAGGGAGGAAGUGUGAGCGGAGGCUGCCGGCAGCAUGUCGGAGCUGCAGCAGCUGCAGCAGCAGCACAUCCCGGAGGGACGGCAGGUCCUGCGCGACCACCACUGCAACCUCCUCAGGGUCGCUGACUACUGUGAGAGCAACUACCUGCAGGCGAGCGACAAGCGGAAGGCGCUGGAGGAGACGAUGGCAAUGAGCACACAGUCCCUUGCCAGUGUCACCUACCAGGUCAGCAGCCUGGCCACUGCCUUCCUGCGGCUGCUGGACCUGCAGGCAGCUGAGCUGCGGAAGGUGGAGGCUGAUCUCAGCUGCGUGGCCCAGAGGGUUGACAUGCACAAGGAGAAGGUGUCUCGCCGGGAGAUCGGCACAUUGGCCGUCAGCAAGAAGUUCCCGUCCUACCAGAAGAUCGUGUCCCCCCCCAGCCCACCCUGCCUGGAGCCCUACUACAGGAAACCCCUCAACUUCAAUGUCCUGGACGACAUUGGCCAUGGAAUAAAGGACCACAGCACGCAGCUGUCCCGCACCGGCACCCUGGCUCGGAAGGGGAUCAAGUCGGCGGCGCAGGCUGCGGGCACCCUGGGGAGAAGCACCCGCGUCCCCGAGCCCGUCCAGCCUCCCGUGGUUCCCGAGGGCAAGAUCUCCGCGGCUUCCUCCACCUCCUCGCUGGUAUCUGUCAGCUCCAGUGGAGCCCCGGCAGCCCCUAGUGAAGGCAUCCCCCCCCCACCACCGCUGCCCUCCCUGCCAGGGCCUUCACCUGCGCUCACCAUCCCACCGCCGCCGCCACUGCCAGAGACCCUGCCGGGCCCCGUGCCGGCCCCUGCGCCCCUGGCCCCUGAUGACCUCGAGCCGCCACCACCACCAGCUUUGCCCGACUUUGGGGAUUUGGCUCUGCCACCACCUCCCAGUGCAGAGGAUCCAUGCUGGGUCCCGGAGAGCUACCUGGAGAGAGUGGUGGCUCUCUACCCCUACACGCGGCAGAAGGACAAUGAGCUCUCCUUCCAGCCCGGCACACUCCUCUAUGUCACACGGCGGUACUCGGACGGCUGGUGCGAGGGCGUCACGGGCAAGGAGGCAGGUUUCUUCCCUGGGAAUUAUGUGGAGCCCUUCUGAGCACCGGGGGCAGAUGGUUCCCCCUAUAACUCCACCCCAUAGCCCCUGACCAGGAUCACCCUUGGUGUUCUGCUCCUGCUCGGACAGGGCUCCGCUUUGCCUUUGUGUGUCGGCUUUGCAGAGCUCAGCCCUUGAGCAGACAGCUGGGCACCCAGAGCAGCCUCCAGCACCCAGAGAACCCCCUUGCUCAGCCUCACUCCCAUCCUUGCUUUUCUGUUUGAAAUGUUGCCAGCACUGGCCGCUGCCAGGCAGGUUUGGCUUUGGGCAGGUUUGGCACCAGGCCACUGCAGCUCUCUCAGCUGGUGCGAAUGCAGAGACCUGUCCCCAGCGAUGCUCAUGGCCCUGUGCAGGACCUGGGGCUAAAUGCCCAGAGGGACAACGAGCAGCACCCCUGAGAACCUGCCUGCUGUCCCCACCCCCCUGAGACACAGGGAGGGAUGAGCCAACACCUUGUCCUGCAGCAAUGGGGUCCUCAUGGGGUCCCCUGCAGAGCAUCGCUUGGAGCCUGGCCCUGCUCCUCCUCCAACGCCGUCCUCCCCCUUCCCCAGCCCAAGGAAGAGAAACAACAUCUAUGUGCAAUGCAGCGAUCUGUUUCACACCCAGGUUUAUGUCCUGGAUACAGAUGUUGUUUGUAUCUGCAAUAUAUAGGUAUCUAUCUAUAUACAUAUAUAUGUAUUCUUUUAAUUCCAUGGCUUUAAGUUCCACACAGUUGAACAGGGUCUGGAGGAGGAAAAACACAGGAGUGGGGGAAAUUAAACAGAGGAGGAACAAGUCAGGGCUGCUUUGGUUAUUUCCUUACUGCUCAGGUUUGCUGUCAGGGUUUCUAUGCUUUGGAGGAGGCUGAGCCAGCCUCAGGGGCUGGUAAGGCUGUGGAUAAAUCCAGGAGAUGCCAACACCAGAGAGCAGCCAAUACUGCAGGUCUGUCCCCCACCUGCAGAGUGCAAUUAGAAGGGGCAAUUAAUACUGCAGUGGGCAAGGGGGCAGGGGGGGGGUUGUUGGCCUUUGGAUGCCAGGAGAAGUGCCACAGCACCAGACCUCCUGCUGGGAGAUUUGGCAUCUCUUGACCAGGUCAGAAGGGAAAUCGGCCCCUGAGCAGGGGGGGGCUGUUGAUAGGAUCCAACAAACAGGAGGAGAUGAGUGGCAAUGGCUCGGGCCAAGGAGGAACCUCUCUGCACAGGGACAUGGAGGAUGUUUUGCCCUUGAAGAAGCAGCAGAGGAUGGAGGCGGAAGGCAACAACAGGUCCUCCUUCCCCACAGAGAGAGGUGGUUGCUAUGCCCAGGUGCUGGGCAAAUGGGUGGGGAGGGACUAAAGGAGGGUGUUUGCUUUGUUUUGUUUUGUUUUUCCAAGGUACCACCUUCCCAAAAGGUUUCCAGUUCCAUGGUUUUUUGGAGAAUAAAGUCUCAGGGCACGAUUCCCUCCAGCACGAGGCUCAGCAGCUGAGCCAGGCCUGCCCUGCCAAGGCGGGGUGCAGAGAGCAAGCUGGGGAGCCUGGGCAGCAUGAAUUCCCCACAUCAAAUUUCCAGGGGCCUCCGAAAGAGACAAAGAGCCCCUGAGCAUCAAGGCCCAAGGCAACAGCACGCAGCUCCUGGCGUGGGGCAGACGAGGAGGGUGAAGGCAGGAGGAAGCAUGUGCAGGGCUCAGCCUGCCAGGAGCUGGCUUCUGGCCUUUGAGGAGUUGAUUUUGUGACGUUAAAAAGGAAAGAAAAAAAUCCCCAAUCAAUACAUAGAAAAAAAAGAAACAAAAUCACCAUUAGUGUUGGUAAACACUCAUGCUGGAGUAGAUGUCUGAGCUGCAUAGAGAAGGCUUCAUCUCGACAUGGUGAGGGAGGGAGAAGGGGGGAACCUAGAGAAAGUGCUUUAAUCACUUGGGGAGGAAGGAGCUCGGAGAGGAAAGGCAGGAAAGCAUCCCAGAAGUGGGGCUGAGUGAGCAGUGCCGAGGAGCAGGGGAUACAGGACG